CAAAGACAGACACAAAGAGACACGGAGAGACCUGCGCCGGACGUGCAGAGACAAGAGAGAGCCAGGAUAAAGGACACAGACCAGAGUGUGAGAGGAGACCCCGGCAGAGACCCUCCAGUGAUGGCAGCCUUCAUCUCUGCCAGCCUCAGCCUGCUGACUUCUUCUGAGGGCUACCCACUGCCUCCCUCCAGCCCGGAGUGGGCAGCCAAGCUGGGGCCCUCCCUGGGUUAUAGCAGGGCCCCAGCUGCCACAGAGCCAUGUAGGCUGGACCCAGGGGAGGCCCAUCCCCAGCCGGGCUGGAAGAAUCCCCACGUGUCCAAUGUGACUGUUCAGCUGGAGAUGAAGAGCCUAUGGGAGGAAUUCAACCAGCUGGGCACCGAGAUGAUCGUCACCAAGGCAGGAAGGAGGAUGUUUCCCACCUUCCAGGUGAAGAUACUGGGCAUGGACACACUGGCUGACUAUGCCCUGCUCAUGGACUUCAUCCCCCUGGAUGACAAGCGGUACAGAUACGCGUUCCACAGCUCCACGUGGCUGGCGGCUGGGAAGGCGGACCCGGCCACACCCGGCAGGAUGCACUUCCACCCAGAUUCCCCCGCCAAGGGCGCCCAAUGGAUGCGUCAGAUCGUGUCCUUCGACAAACUGAAGCUCACCAACAAUCUGCUGGAUGACAACGGCCACAUCAUUCUUAACUCCAUGCACCGCUACCAGCCCCGAUUUCAUGUGGUGUUUGUGGACCCCCGCAAGGACAGUGAGCGCUACGCCCAGGAGAACUUCAAGUCUUUCAUUUUCUCUGAGACUCAGUUCACAGCUGUGACAGCCUAUCAGAACCACAGGAUCACUCAGCUAAAGAUUGCCAGCAACCCCUUUGCCAAAGGCUUCCGAGAGUGUGACCCAGACAGCUGGCCUAGGGCCCCAAGGCCCAUGAUCAGCCCCCUGGCCCGAAGCAGCCAGAGCAGUCGGGCACCACUGCUGAAUGAGGACCACCAGGAGGAGCAAGACCUGGACAAACAUGGCCGGAGCUUCCGCCCCAAAGUCUCCACCUCUGCCUCCAGGACCACCUCCCAGCUCCAUCAGCAGCCAAUGGGCCCCGUGCUGCCCAGAGAGAUCUCUGGGCCCCCUCGGGCCAGUCCUGCCCACCUACCCCCAGAGGCCCUUCUGACCCCUCCUGGCUACAGGUCCAUCUCCUACCACAGCCUAUACCUGGGGGCCUCUGCCAGGGCCCGCUCAGCCCCGUAUCCUCUCCCUGAGGCCAAGGGGAUGGGGAGCCAGGGAGCCCUACAUCUCCAGCCUCCUCAAAGUGUCCUGGGCCUCCUGGCAAGCAGCCAGGACCAAGAGUAA